AUGCCUCUGAGCAGGUCACGUAAUAGUAAACGUAGCUCUUCGUCUUCGUACACAUCGACCAUUACUACUAUAGCAUUUAUAGCAGUAUGUGUCAUUGGUGUGUGGAUGCUAACUUCAACCUCUGUUAUUCCACCACAAACCACCAAUCGCGCCGCCAAAGUCGCGACUUCUGCCACCAGCAACAACAAUAAUAAUGGUGUGUUAGUUGAUAAUGUGGAUGCUUCCUCAGCUACAAAUGAGGCACAGAAUAUUAUUACAAAUGAAGAGAAAAAGGAUCAACCUCCUUUUGAAGAUAAUCCUGGUGAUCUUCCUGCUGAUGCCAUUAUAAAUGCUGAUGAUCCUAAAACAAAUGCUAAUGAUCAGAAUAAGCCGGAAACUGGCGGUGGCGGAGAACAUGAGAAGGAGAAGCGCACAGAAACUCGGAAGCAGGUAUCUGAAGAAAGCACAAUGACUCAAAAUCAACAAGCUGAGCAAACUAGCAAUGAAAGUUCUGAAUCUGACAAAACAAUAAAUGAGGAAAGCAAUACUAGUCAUGAGAAAAAAUCAUCAUCAGAAUCUGGUGAAAAUUCACAAGACGACUCUAAAGAUCAACAACAAGAUAUUAAAGAGAGCAACAAAAAUUCACAGGAGACUCAAAGCCACGAAUCAAACGCAGAUCAAGAACAGCAGCAGCAAGAAACUCAAAGCAAUGAAAACAAUCAGGAACCUGAAGUGACAAAAUCAUUCGACGAACAACAACAACAACAACGACAAGAAGAUGCUGGAAUUCAGAACACUUCCCAAGAAACUCAAAAUGAGGUUUCAGAAGAAGAUCAACAACAAAGAAUGAAACAACAGCAGCAACAGCAACAACAACAACAAGAAGGAAAGAAGCAAGAUGAAAUGCAACAGCAUGAAAAACAAAAAAAGGAGCAGAAAGAGCAUCAAUUUGAAGAUGUAACAACUCCAGGAGAUAAAAAGUCUGACAAUGCAACUGACACCUUAAUGGCCCAACUCGAGAAUCCACACAGUGAGCAAGAAUCUCAAGGUGAGAGCAGUUCCUUGAACCAAGACACAAAAGCAACAGAAGAUAAACCGUCUACAGAAUCAUCCAUUUCUGAUGGGGAAACUUCUUCAGGAAUACCAAAGGAAUCAAAAGAAUCAAAGAAGUCGUGGUCAACUCAAGCAGCUGAAUCAGAGAACCAAAAGGAGAGGAGAAAAGAUGAAUCUGAUGGUAAAGAAAGCAUCUAUGGGUAUACAUGGCAUCUCUGUAAUGUCACAGCAGGUUCUGAUUAUAUACCUUGUUUGGAUAACGAGAAGGCACUAAAGCAACUAAGGACUACCGGGCACUUUGAGCAUCGAGAGAGGCAUUGCCCUGAAGAGGGACCCACAUGUUUGGUCCGACUUCCGGAGGGUUACAAAAGACCUAUCUCAUGGCCUUCAAGCCGAGAUAAGAUAUGGUAUCAUAAUGUGCCUCAUACAAAAUUAGCAGAAGUGAAGGGACACCAGAACUGGGUUAAGGUGACAGGUGAGUUCUUGACAUUCCCAGGUGGUGGCACUCAGUUCAUACAUGGAGCACUUCAUUACAUUGAGUUUCUUCAGCAGGCAGUACCUAACAUAGCAUGGGGAAAGCAUACUAGAGUUAUAUUGGAUGUGGGGUGUGGCGUUGCAAGUUUUGGUGGUUACCUAUUCGAAAAAGAUGUUCUUACAAUGUCUUUCGCACCAAAAGACGAACAUGAAGCACAAGUUCAGUUUGCUCUUGAAAGAGGAAUACCUGCUAUCUCUGCUGUCAUGGGUUCUCAGCGUCUACCUUUUCCGAGCAGGGUUUUCGAUCUCCUGCAUUGUGCACGCUGUCGAGUGCCUUGGCAUGCAGACGGUGGUCAGCUACUUUUGGAAUUGAAUCGCGUCCUACGACCUGGGGGAUAUUUUGUUUGGUCAGCCACACCUGUGUACCAAAAGCUCCAAGAAGAUGUGGAGAUAUGGCAAGCGAUGUCUGCACUGACGGUAUCCAUGUGCUGGGAGCUCAUUACAAUCAAAAAGGACAAACUCAACUCUGUCGGUGCUGCCAUCUACCGCAAACCUCUAUCCAAUGAUUGCUAUGAUCAAAGAAAGAAAAAUACUCCACCAAUGUGUAAGGGUGAUGAUGAUCCAAAUGCCGCCUGGUAUGUCCCUUUGCAGUCAUGCAUGCAUCGGGUGCCAGUUGACGAAAAUGAAAGAGGGACUAGAUGGCCAGAGGAUUGGCCGAACAGGAUACAGACCCCUCCAUACUGGAUUAACAGUUCUCAAAUGGGGAUUUACGGCAAACCAGCACCUCAGGACUUCACCACGGAUUAUGAACAUUGGAAACACGUGAUACGCUCAUCAUAUUUAAAGGGAUUAGGAAUCAGUUGGUCCAAUGUAAGAAAUGUUAUGGACAUGAGAGCUGUUUAUGGCGGGUUUGCAGCAGCUCUAAAAGACCUUAAAGUAUGGGUGUUAAAUGUAGUGAACAUCGAUUCCCCAGAUACGCUUCCUAUAAUAUACGAACGAGGUCUGUUCGGGAUAUACCAUGAUUGGUGCGAGUCAUUCAGCACUUAUCCUCGUACUUAUGACCUCCUCCAUGCUGAUCAUUUAUUCUCCAAGCUGAAGAAAAGAUGCAAACUUGCUCCUGUGAUGGCGGAGAUUGACAGGAUAGUAAGACCAGGAGGUAAAUUGGUAGUUCGUGACGAGUCAAGUACAAUAGGGGAAGUGGAAAACCUGUUGAAGUCUAUGCGAUGGGAGGUUCAUUUAACUUUUUCCAAAGACCAAGAAGGUCUGCUCAGCGCACAAAAAGGUGACUGGCGACCACAAACAUUUGCAGCUUCUUCCAAAUAAUGUAGAGAAUAGCAUCAGCUCAUCAACCGGUGGUGACUCCACUGAUUUUCAAGAAAGCCUGUAGACCAGCCAUUGUGACUUUCUGCGCAUUUUAUUCUCUUUGGCAAUGCAACAUAUAUGUAUUUUCUGUAAUGUAAAAGAAAUAGUCGACAGAUAGUGUUACAAUUGGUAAAUUGAUGGAUUUUUCUCCCAGAAGCCAGGGUGCAAACGGGCAUUAUGGAAUUCACAGCAUGUUAGCCCCACUUUUCAGUAAGAUAAAAAAAUAAUUCCCGAUGUGAAAUGUUGUGGUGUAUUAUAUGACAAAGGAUCUAGGACAAAUUCAAACUUAAAA